UUUCUAUUAAUUUUGCGUAUCAAAACUCAUCAGAACAUGCUGAUUCUCAAGAACAUUUCAGAACGUUUUCAUCGUUACCACGAGUGAUCGUAGAAUCUGAUUCUGAGGCAUUCCGACACGUUGCAUUUUGUUGCAUUUACGCCGGAUAAGAAUAUUCAGUGAGAUAUUUCUAUCAAAGAGAAAUUUAUCAAUCAAUAUGUCCGAGAAAGUGUCAUUGCCAGGUAUCUACACGUCAGACAAAAAUGGUAAUGACGAGACAGGAGAUGGUUCUGAGACCAACCCUUUUAAAACUAUUCUAAGAGCGAUGCAUCAUGCUAAUAAGGAACCCUUUCCAAUCAUCUACCAGGAUUCUCGUGAAAGUGACAAAAAAUAUGAACCAGCAUCUAAGACUCAAUUAAAAAAAGUGCAAAAGAUUUGGGCUAGAGAACAUAGAAAGAAUGAUGAUAAGGAGAAGAAGUUGUUGGAAGAUGAAGAAAAAAGAUUGAAGAAUCUUGAAGAAGCUAAAACAAUAGUUAUAGAGGAGGAUAAAACUCUACCGGAAGCAAAACAAAUUAAGAUAAAACAAGCUCUUGAUUACAGAGAUCAAAGAGUCAAGCUAUAUGGAUGGGUGCAUAGAUUAAGACGACAAGGCAAAGCUCUUAUUUUCAUCACGUUGCGAGAUGGGACAGGCUUUCUGCAGUGUGUACUGACUGAUAAGCUUUGUCAAACGUAUAAUGCCUUGAUCCUUGCCACAGAAGCUGCUGUUCAACUGUUUGGGGUCUUGAAAAUUGUUCCUGAAGGGAAAAAUGCACCUGGUGGACAUGAAUUAUGCGUUGAUUAUUGGAAACUUAUUGGACCAUCGCCUGCUGGAGGCGCCGAUUCAAUUUUGAACGAAGAAGCUCUGCCUGAUGUACAAUUGGACAAUAGGCAUAUAAUGAUUCGAGGUGAAAAUACAUCAAGAAUAUUAAUGAUGAGAUCUGUAUUAACGCAAGCUUUCAGAGAUCAUUAUAAGGACCGUGGUUAUUAUGAGGUAACUCCACCGACUUUAGUGCAAACCCAAGUGGAAGGUGGUUCAACUCUCUUCAAAUUAGACUAUUUUGGGGAGACUGCUUUUCUCACCCAGAGUUCUCAACUGUAUCUUGAAACAUGCCUUCCAGCAAUGGGAGAUGUAUAUUGUAUUGCUCAAUCAUAUCGGGCAGAGCAGUCAAGAACACGUCGUCACCUUGCCGAAUACACGCAUAUCGAAGCAGAAUGUCCAUUUAUCACAUUUGAUGAGCUGCUAGAUCGACUAGAGGAUUUAAUUUGUGACGUAGUUGAACGAGUUCUACAAUCGCCGCUCAGUCAUCUUGUCAAAGAAUUGAAUCCUAACUUUCAAGUGCCCAAGAAACCCUUCAAGCGAAUGAACUACAGCGACGCAAUUGAAUAUCUGAGAGAAAACAAUAUCACAAAAGAAGAUGGCAGCUUUUAUGAAUUUGGAGAAGAUAUUCCAGAAAUGCCAGAAAGGAAAAUGACUGAUGCUAUCAAUGAACCGAUAAUGCUUUGUCGUUUUCCCGCUGAAAUUAAGUCAUUUUAUAUGUCACGUUGUCCGGAGGAUAAACGCUUAACAGAGUCUGUCGAUAUACUUUUACCAAAUGUGGGCGAAAUCGUUGGUGGAUCGAUGCGUACUUGGAAAUACGACGAGUUGAUGGAAGGUUACAACCGUGAAAACAUUGAUCCGACCCCAUACUACUGGUACACAGACCAGCGAAUGUAUGGAUCUUGUCCUCAUGGUGGUUACGGAUUGGGAUUGGAACGAUUUUUGUGCUGGCUGUUGAACAGAUUUCACAUACGUGAAGUGUGUCUGUAUCCGCGUUUCCUGGAGCGUUGUCGUCCAUAAAAAGAAUGUAUUUCAAUACAUUAUGUCGAUAUGUUUUACUUUCUAUCUCCCCAUUAUUAUAAUAAACUAGCACUGUUAUAUUCAGACAUAUUGUAUGAAUAACCAGUUACUACUCGAUAAAAUAAAAAUCAUGAAAAACUAA